AUGUCUACUGAACCGUCCAAGACAAUCAUCACCGACGAUGAAAUCAAAGAGGACCACCAUCAUGGAUUCGCCCAGAGAGUGCGUAACAGCAUCUCGGUGCAGUCCAUCGACGAGAACACCAAGGAAGGCCAGAUUUUCUCCAUGAACGAUGUAGAUCCUGCGCUCGAUGCGAAGAUGCGACUCGUCAACCAAACCAUUGACGAAAUUGGUUGGACCAAUAUGCAUCUCAAGCUCUUCUUUCUCAACGGCUUUGGUUACGCUGCUGAUUCGUUGAUUUUGUUGUUGCAAUCCGUCACGGCUGGUCAAGCCGCCUUGGAAUUUCAACCUUCUUUUACCAGAGGUCUCACCGUGGCCGCCUACACGGGCAUGUUGGUUGGAGCCUUGUUUUGGGGAUUGGGUGCUGAUGUCAUUGGUCGUCGAUUCGCGUUCAACGUCUCCCUGUUCACCUGUUCCAUCUUCGCCAUCUGUGCCGGAGCCUCACCCAAUUGGUAUGUCUUGGGAACUUUCACCGCUUUGGCCGCCUUUGGCUCCGGAGGAAACUUGAUCCUGGAUACCACCGUGUUUCUCGAAUUUCUUCCCGGUGACAAACAAUGGCUGCUCACUUUGAUGGCGUGCUGGUGGGGUCUUGCACCCGUCGUGGCAGCUGCUUUUGCAUGGCCGUUUUUGUCCAUCGAUAGAUAUAUUUGCAGCGAUGCGGCGACGUGCACUUAUGACAACAACAUGGGCUGGCGCUAUGUUUGGUAUGCCAAUGGAGCCCUGGUCUUCGUUCUCAGCGUUCUCCGAGUAACAGUCAUCCGACUGCGAGAGACACCAAAAUACCUCCUCGCCAAAGGACAGGACCAGGACGUGGUGGAAACCUUCCAACACAUUGCCCAAAAAUAUAACAGGCCGUGCUCGCUCACCAUCGAACAACUUGAGGCAUGUGGGCCAAUGAAAUCGACCUACGGCAAGGCUCGAUAUGGCCUUUCCGAAUUCCUCGCCCAUCUACGAGGAUUAUUUGCUACCAGGAAACUCGGUUUCUCUACUGCGCUGAUCUGGCUGUCCUGGACUUUAAUUGGCAAGCCGGAUACAUUACUAACCGGAACGAUAGGUUUGGCUUACCCUCUCUUCUACGUCUUCCUCCCGGAAUUCUUAGAAAGCCGUGGUGCCGAUACGGGUGAAGACAGUCCUUACUACACGUGGAGAAACUACAUGAUCACCAACGUGGUGGGAAUUUUCGGUCCAGUCCUAGCCGGUUUCAUGUGCAACUGGAAAUACCUGGGGCGGAGGUAUACCAUGGUGAUAGGUGCAUUGCUCUCCAUGGCCUUUUUCUUCGCCUACACAGCAGUGAGAACAGCGGCCCAGAAUCUGGGGUUUACUUGCGCCAUCUACUUUACUGUCAACGUCUACUACGGUACUCUUUAUGCCUACACGCCGGAGAGUCUGCCAUCGGCUCACCGUGCUACUGGAAACGGUAUUGCUGUCGGUUGCAACCGAGUGAUGGGUUUGGUGAGUGCCUUCGUGGCCACGUAUGCGAACACCAAAACCAGUGCUCCCAUCUAUAUUUGCGCGGCGCUCUAUAUUGCCAUGGCUGGGGUGGCCAUCAUUAUGCCUUUCGAGCCGUACGGCAAGAGAUCAAUGUAG